UGAAAUUAGGAUAUAUAUGGUGUAUAUAUAUAUAUAUAUAUUUAGGGUAAAAAUGAAUUUUGUAAACAUUCCAAAAAGUUAGAAGAAUCAAAACUUUAGUAACGUGAGGGAGACGGCUGUAAGCGUACAAAGGGUGACGCCGUUGGUGUCAAAUAACUUUCCGACGUGUCAACGUUGAACCAGACACGUCAGGAUGUGUGUGCUGGUGAGCUAGAAUGAGGGCACGUAUAAGGCCGUGGCAAAAGAAAAAGAAAAAGAAAAAGAAAAAGAGAUUUUCGGUGAAAGAGUUGAGUCGAGGUGGGACCGGUGUUGUGUCGUUUGUGACAAGCCUGGCGUGGAAGUUUCUGAUUGAUCUACUUGUAUCGUCCUGGCAAGACGGGCCUCCACUUUUCGAGCACUUUUGACACGUGUCCUCGGGGGGAAAAUUCUCGCGAUACGAGAAAUUGACUGGAAAGAGAAAAGGAAUCAGGGAAAGAGGAUCGUCAUGAGUACCACGUGUCUUCACAACAUGAAAUAGAGGUCGGAUGUAGACGGGUGGGGCAGCUGCCCGUAGAAUUAGAAUUGCCCGAGAGUUUCUCUUUUUUUUCUGCUGCUCGACGAAGAACAAGGGUCGGAAAGUUCCCCACAGAGGAAAACCGCGACACGUUUUCUUCUGAGCGAAAUUCCGCACACCAUUUCUUUGCCGGGUUCAUAUUAACACUUCCUUCGUCAUGAUUCUCCUCACCCACAGAUAUUUCACCGCAACUUCCUGCUUCGGACCAUUCCGAUGACGGAGGUUCACUGUAGAAUGCCAAGCGGAGAUGAUGAAGAUUCGCCGGCCAAAUGCCGAGAGCGCCGGCGCCGUAGAAUAGAGAUGAGACGUUUAGCAACAGUAUCGUCGGCGAAUCCCUCGCCUUCUACCGCUCAUCACCGGAAAGAGAAUCAAACUGGUACUUCCGGUUUUGAGAAGAAGCGUGGUCAGAAAACGGACGGCGACGGUAAUCCCGAGAUUUCAUCGUCUUCAUCAUCGGGGGAGGACGUGAAGACUGUAAAAGCUUCACCAUCGGUACCUCAGCCGGUUUUUGGGAUGAUGUCGGUUUCUGGGAGGUCACGUGAGAUGGAGGAUGCAGUAUCGGUGAGCACGUUCGUUGUUGGUUCAGAAAAUUUCCGACGGCAAGUGGUGCAUUUCUUCGCCGUCUACGAUGGACAUGGAGGCCCUCACGUGGCAGCAUUAUGUAGGGAGAAGAUGCACGUGUUCGUACAGGAGGAAUUUUCGCGCGUGAUUAGCACUCGCGAGGAAAAUGAGAGUGGCGGCGGCGGAAGUAGCGCCGGGGAGGAGGUUAACUUUGAGGAGGAGGCCACUUGGAGAAGAGUGAUGCGGCGUAGCUUUGAGAGAAUGGACGAAGUGGCACUUAGUACUUGUGCCUGUAGGAGCGUAGGAGGUCAGUGUGGGUGCCAUCCGAUGGAGGUGGCUCUAGGCGGUUCUACUGCUGUCGUGGCUGUGCUCACGCCGGAUCACAUAAUAGUCGCCAACUGCGGCGAUUCACGCGCCGUCCUUUGCCGAGGAGGGAGAGCCAUUCCGCUUUCUAUUGAUCACAAGCCUGAUAGAAAUGAUGAGCUAGCAAGGAUUGAAGCUGCUGGAGGACGGGUGAUUUUCGUAAAUGGAGCCCGUGUUGAAGGAAUCCUUGCAAUGUCCCGUGCGAUAGGGGACAAAUAUCUCAAGUCAGUUGUAAUAUCGGAACCUGAAGUUACUUUCACCAAAAGAGAAUCAGAGGAUGAAUGUCUAAUACUUGCUAGCGAUGGUCUGUGGGAUGUUCUUUCAAGUGAGUUGGCUUGUGAGGUAGCUCGUGAAUGUCUCCAAGGAGUGGCAGCUACUACUACUACAAUAGACCUCAAUGCUGUGCCUCAAAUUGAAGAAGAAGGGGCUGGAACUUCUUAUCCUUCUCGAAGUGCGUUGGCUGCUGCAUUGUUAACUCGUCUUGCUUUAGGGCGGAAAAGUACAGACAACAUCAGUGUCAUGGUUAUUGAUCUAAAGAGGAGCUGAGGAAAAAAAAAGAAAGCAGAAGUUAAGGUUUGACCGUGCGAACGUUGCACAACCUUGUUCUGAACUGGAGGAGGCAUGAUUCAUUAAUGUAUGCCCCUCGUAGGUGAGAAUUUAAUUUUCUAAUGUGUAGGUUUGCGAUUGAAUUUAUUAGUUGAAAGUUGUGUUGUAGAGUCUGAUGAGAGGAUGUUUGGUAUUUUAUGUCAUCAUGAAGCACAAAAGAACUGAUGAUUGGAAGAAUUGUGUCCAUGUAAUCCAACAUUCUUCCAGCCACAUGAUGUUGUUGAGGAGCUUUUAUGGUGGAUACAAGCACGGUCUUACAUGCUAGAAAGAUGAAGCUUUUCUCUUUUUGCUUGUGAAUUAAAUUGGACAACAUUUAGUUAAUGUAUCAUUACAAGGUUUGUUGUA